UAUCUAUCACCCAAACCCUGACGUUAGAGACCUAAUCCUUUGAAACCUAUAAUAGAGGGUGAAAGAUCAAACUAAAACAGUCAAGGAUUAUCUGCUCUUUAGCAGAUCUAAAGCAUUGGUGUAACUGCGCCGGUGGCAUUGGAUGCAAGAAAUAGCCUACCGCUCCUUGGAGACUUCUCGGGGUGUAUGAGUCGAGCGCGAACUGCCGGAGUAAAGCGCACCAGACUGCCUGAUUGGCCACGCUACUGUAGGCAAGCAGUCCUGUACAUCUGUAACAGCGCAUCUCUCACUUGCGAGUUCUACACGGAACCUCAGCCAGGUCAGUUCAAAUCAGGAUUAGGUGCAAGGUAUCGCAUUUGGGAGAACAAUUACCUGAAUGUCGGUCGUUUAGUUAGUUUGAUUUUCAAACCUAUCCUUUUCGAAAGAGGCGGGUGCCUUUCCAAUAAUGCUGAAGAUAGGAUGCAGUGUCUUAACGACUGAAGAGAAGGCAUAGCCUACUAGGCUACUCUCCGGCUCUCUUCAGUUUUACGAUAUUCUGAUCCCACUUAAAGAUAGCACUAGCUGAGCAGCUCAGUAUCGUGGUUGCAGAGAAGAAUGAGGGAGAGUCUGCGCGUGGUUAGGCGGAUGGCCGCCAAGCUUCCCUGCUUCUUCUGGUUCGUGCUGCUGUUUGGGGCCGGGGGCCUGGUGCUCUUCAUCCACCUGGAGGACCUGUCUGAGAUGGUGCAGCGACAGGAGCCUGGUGAGUACUGUGUGAAUCUCAGAAGUCCUCCCCGUCAGUCCAAAGAGGAGACCUGGCGCAGAAUAGCUGUGGUCCAGGAAGCACGUCGGAGGCUGGUCAAGCAGGUGUGCGCCAAGUUCAAGAGCAGCAUGGACCGAACCAUCAUGCAGCACCACGUGUCUCGCAUCUAUGUGGAGGACAACUACAAGAUUCUGUUCUGCGAGGUUCCCAAGGCCGGCUGUACCAACUGGAAGAGGAUCCUGCUAGUGCUAGACGGCCUGGCCUCCUCCACGCAGAUCCACCACGAGAAAGUCCACAACAGUGUUCUAAGGACACUCAACACCUUCCAACAGAAGGACAUCACCAAGCGUCUCCAGACCUACACCAAGAUGCUGGUUGUCCGCGAGCCCCUCCAGAGGCUGGUGUCAGCCUACAGGGACAAGUUUGAGAACCCGAACGUGUACUACCACCCCAGGUUUGGGAUCCCGAUCAUCUCCAAAUACAGGGCGAAUGCCUCCAAGGAGGCCCUGAUGACAGGGCAUGGGGUCACCUUCCAGGAGUUUAUUCAGUACCUGCUAGAUGUGUAUCGGCCCGUGGGUAUGGACAUCCACUGGGAGUCCGUCAAUCAGCUCUGUCACCCCUGCCUGCUGGAUUAUGACUUCAUCGGCAAGUUUGAAAACAUUGAAGAGGAAGCUGACUUUCUGCUCAGGAUGAUGGGCGCCCCGGGCAACCUCACCCUCCCCACUUUUAAAGACAAGAACCCUGACGAUGAGAGAACUUCCAUGCACGUAACACAUCAGUAUUUUGCUCAGAUUAAUGCUUCAGACAUUCAGAGGGUCUACGACUACUAUUAUAUGGAUUACUUGAUGUUUAAUUUCUCCAAACCUUAUAAAGAUUUAUAUUGAUUGUCUUCGAGAUCCCCAUAUCUUGGUUUGAAAUCUUUCCCACUUGUUCAUAAAUGAGCUGUGUACAGUAAAAGACAAAUCCUUUUAAACAUAUUAUUGUAUGUCAUGUAUUGUUAUGUUAGACACUUUAAAAACAGAAAACAGCAAUGUCUUGGACAGACAUUUUUACAGAUAACCAUUCCUCUUUGCACUUAGCACCAACAUUUAUUGCCAAAAAUUAACUUUGCAAGCGAUCUCACACAGCAUAGUCGGUGUUGUAAAGGAAAACUUUGAUGGUUUAAAAUGUGGUGCCCACGAUCUGCAUCUGUUUUGCACUCAGAGUAGCUUUUUUAUUUACCUCUUUAACAUUUAUGUUUGGUUACAGAGUCAGUCUUAGCUACUGUUCUACAAAGUGUUGUGCCAAGCUAUGAGAAUGGCCCAUUUACCAGCACCUGGCUGGCCCACUGAUUACCACCAUGCUCCCAAUCUUUCUGACACACAUACUGCACUCACACACAUCCCUUCAGAACACAUUCUUAACACUGUCGUGGGAGAUGUAUUCUGACACUGAUAUUUAAAAACUGUACAAAGGGCAUUAAGAUGACUAUAUCUAUUUUUCUAUGUAUUUUUCAGUAGCUAUAUUUCGGUGAUUCUUUGUGGACUUUUUUUCUUUUCUGAUGUCAUUGAUUGUUCUUAUAGUGAUGCGGUGGUAAGUGUAGAAUAACUGCUAAUGCUACUGACACUCCUUCUAGUUCCACAUUACCGUAGGACCUGUAGAAAUUAGCUGUACACUGGUUAGUGUGGAAUCGGCACAAAAAAACUAUUGCCCAUUAUCCCCCCUGUGGUAAGACUGCUGUGCUGGAGACAGCAGUGGGCUGACACUAGUUCUGACACAAGCUCUUCUCCUGAUGCUGUCACUAACAGAGAGCAGCCUCUCCUCUUUAUCAGGGUGUAUAUCUGAGAUGGAGAGAGUGAGAAAGAUAAAGAGAGAAUACAGAGAGGACCUGGACGUCUGCUAUGAUUUUCUUUCAUUGUUGUGUGCACAGCUUUGUGAAGCAGCUCUGUGAUACAGAACACACGCACACACAGAGAGAUAGAGCAGAAGAAGGGCAGAGUGCAUACAGUCUGUGUGGACAGCUGUGAGAUAUAUCAUCUCCACAGGGUCACAUCAUCCAGAGUCAAGCCCGUUUUACAGACAACUACUUUAGGAUAGUAGAGAGCAGUUCAUAUAUAGUAGGAAAAUCUACUGUUAAUGGGGGAGAAAGGGGGGGGGGGUGAACUUGAUAUAAUCAAUGUCUUCUUUCAUCAGCAAUAAGGAAGACAGGUGAACUCUACCCCAGGAGAGCAGUAAAACCCUAGGUGUCAUCUGUAAUCAAGAUUCCAACAAAAAAAAUGUAAUGAUGGAACAAUAUUGGAAUAAUAAUUACAGACUUACUAAUCAUGUUACUCUUUUAUUUAACAAAAGAGUAGCGGUUCUGGUGUUGUACAAAUUACAGUUUUUAUGAAACAAAGGUGAGGAAGGAAAAGGUAUAAACCUUCAAUUAUGAACCAAUAACAAAGAAACUGCACAUUAUCCAAAAAUCCAUUUACACAGUAUGUUCAGAUUUUCCUAUAUUUUUUACAUAAUAAAGAGUAAACAUAUAUAUGAUGGCAAAUAUAUACAAUUAUAUCAAUGUAGAGUACAAGAAUCUAUGUGUUGUUCUAAUGGUGGUCUGAUUCUUUGUAGGUACCCAAACUUUGGUCCAAAGCUUAUAGCAUAAUAUUGGUGUUCUAGGUUUAUUGUGGUUUAUGGAAACUAUGAUAUGGGAGUAUGGAUACUUUUAUAUAUGGAGAUAUAGCAAAACUAUUUACGGUAACAAGUGAAUGUAUUACUGUUUUAUCAUUGGUGCGAAAGUGUGUAAAUGGUUUAAAGCCCUUUGCCUUAUUUUACACUGUCAAUUAGAUGGCGUAUUUCAGGAAGACUCUCCAGCUGUUCUCUCUAUGCUGAGUGUCUACUAAUAAAUUGUCUUUAGCAAAUUGA